AUGCCGCAUUCUCACCACUCUCACUCGGGCCAGUUCUGUGCUCACGCAACAUGUACUCUCGAGGAAAUGGUCCAGCAGGCCAUCUCCCUCAAAAUGGAUACCUUUGCUCUGACCGAGCACAUCCCCAGAGAUACCGCUGAUCUCUAUCCUGAAGAAGUGGAUGCCCAAAAGCUCGUCGAAAUAUUCGAUGCCUACUAUCCCGAAGCCUUGCGUCUGCGCGAAAAGUACGCUUCACAGAUCACACUAUUGAUCGGUUUUGAAGGCGAGUGGAUCCGCCCUUCAAGCCAUACCAUCAUCAAAGAUUUGCUCAGCCGCUACAACUUUGAUUUCUUUGUUGGCAGUAUCCACCAUACGCUUACAAAACCUAUCGACUUUGAUCAUGACAUGUAUUAUGAGGCCAGAACAAUCGCUGGUGGAUCUGACGAAGACGUCUUUGCUGCAUUUUUCGAUGAACAAUACGACAUGCUCAAGGCACUGACUCCUCCUCUUGUCGGUCACUUUGAUCUCAUCAGACUAAAGAGCGAUGACCCUGAGCGUAAUUGGACCACCAUGCCUGCAGUGUGGGAGAAGAUUGUCAGAAAUCUUGACUUUGUUGCAAGCUAUGGUGGCAUCCUCGAACUCAAUUCUAGUGCCAUUCGCAAGGGCAUGUCUGAGCCGUAUCCCAAGGCUGAAAUCUGCAAGGAAUUUGUCAAGAAAGGAGGACGCUUUGCCCUUUCUGACGACAGCCACGCUACCAGUCAGGUAGGCCUCAACUUUUCCAAGGUACUGUCAUUCGUCGAGAACACCGGCAUCGAAGAAAUCCAC